AUGCUUCCACCAGUAGAUGAUGACAUACCCAAAAAAGUUCUACGAGCAAGAAUCGCAUUAUUAGCUACCGCCAUCGGUGGUCCAGAUUAUUCCUCAAAAUUAGAUCCUCCCCCAUAUAAAUUAGGUGAUGAUUGUCUAGCAUGUCUUAAGGAUUUGAAAAGAUGGUUCAAAUUGGUAGACGAUCAGCAGAAUAGAUGGGAUGUUGCAUUGGCGGCUGCAGAGUAUCAGAUAUUAAUGGACGAUAUUAUUCCAAUAUUAAUCGAUUGGGAAGAUAAAUCUAGAUUAGCUUCAAAAUUAUCUAAGAUAAAUAAAAGCACUAAUGGUUCUAUUGGUAAUAAUGAUCAAACUAUUAGCAUAAGUAAAAUUCAUCAUGAUAAGAUUGCAUUAAACUGUCUACAGUUGUUAGUUUUAAUGACAUGGCCUUUGGUCCUAAAUGAACAGUCAACAAUAGAACAGAUUCUACAAUAUGCUGAAUUAAAGAAAUAUCAAUUGUUAUAUAAGAAGAUGAUAUUAUCUGUUGAAGAUGGUAAAGUCUUGAGGGCAGUCAUACGGUUAGCGGCGAACGUAAUUAGGAUAGAUAAACUACAUAGAACAGCCCGUGAUAACAUGAUUUUGAAAUUAAUUUUGAACUUUUUAAAAAAUAUUGCAUCUUUAGAGCCUGGAGAGCUUGCGAUAUCUCCUAAGAUGAGAUCACGGAUUCGUAAUAUUAGUAAUUACGAUAUGUUACCGCCAAAUGUUACCAUGGAUGAUAUUUCUUUGAAUAGUGUAAUAACGGCAUUCCACAAGAAUAAAGUGUUUAAAUUGAUACUUACUCUAUCUAGUUCCAUCUCAAGAGAAUUUGAUCAAGAUUUUAUUAAUAUUCCAUUACUAGAAUUGCUGUUUUAUCUAACCAAAAAUAUUGAUCAAAUUGAGAUAUUUAAGGUAUCCCAACAUUGUAGAAUACCGAAAUCUUCUAGUAUUUUAGCAAAUACAGAUAAUUCUACCAUGCCUGUAGAUGCAAAAAAUUGUAGUUCGGCAGGAUUUGAAUUAUCGAGCUUGUUAAAUAAGGAGCGUGAAUUGAAAAAAAACCUUAUUAAUGGUACUUCCUCUAGGCAUUCGAGAUUUGGUGCCCUGCUAUCCAUUAAAACGGUUGAUGACAAGAGGUUAACAGUUAGUGUGGGUGGUGCGAAUUUAAUAGAUAAUAGCUCCGCUUUAGAUAAAUUAGAUAGUAAAAAAAAGUGGAAGAAACGAGUAUCAAAAAAUCGUGACGAUGAAUUAAUAAGCGGCUUACCAGAUCAUUUACUUGGUACUAAGAAUAAAGUUGCGUACUUGUAUCCUGAAAAUAUUAAUUUUUUUGUAGAAUUUAUUAACAUGUUCAUUGAUACAUCUUUCAAUCCUUUAUUACGUAGUAUUACCAAUUUAUUUACUACUGAAGAAGAAAAAAUGAACACUUUAGAAAAGGUGGAAUAUCUCUUAUUUAUUACCUGGUUCUUAAGAUACCAAAGGUUACGAUGGUCAAACGACUCAAAGUCGACCAAAUUAGAAUAUGUAUCCUUCGCAAGUCACGAAACGGCAUACAUUCUUACUACAACCCUGUUAAGAAGUAAUUUUGAACUAAAAAAUUGGAUUGUAGUCCAUGCAGGGAUAAUGCAAUUUACAGAACUUUUAUUAUACUUAAACAUUUUUAGAAAUGAGGCCAAUGAGUCUGAUAUAGAUUAUACAUUGAGUCGCUUAUUUAGCAAUGAACGAUUAAAGCUGUUGACGACAUUUCCAAAGAUUGCUGUAAAAUAUUCUCUAGAAUUUAUGAAAAGUUGUAUUAAUCUAACUCACACCAUUUUAAAAACUUUGCAAUAUUAUGAUGAUGAGAGAAAAUUGGUUAUUGAGAAGAAAACAAGAAGUAGGAGUAAAAAACAUAAUUUUACCCAGGAAGAUAUCAAAAGAGUUAUGGAAGAGGAAGAUGUUGGUCAAGAUGAAGCUUUAGAUAUGCUAUUACCCUCCUCAUCUAUGAAGGAGGUCGAUUUUACUAGAGUUCGUAAUAGUUUUAUGAAUGAAUCAGUGAUAGAAACAUUUAUUAGCUUUUUGAAAAGAUUUAGGGAAUUAGAUGAUUCAGAUAUUAAAAAGGCUUUAAGUUUCUUUUCUCAAGUUUUUUUUGAGUCAAAAGAGGAUGCAUUGUUGCUAAGAAUAGAUGUCAUCGUGUUAUUACGAGAAAUGCUGGCUCCUAGUGGAUUAAGAAGUAAUGAUAAAAAUAGAAAAUAUCUAGAUGAGUUUACAAAGCAUUAUCUCCAUAAAUUUUCUCAAAGAUUAAAAUCAUCCCCUUCAUGGUUUGUAAGCAUCUUAUUCCCCCUAUUACAUGAUAGUAGUAUAGGAUAUUAUCAAAGAUACAAUGAGAUGCCAUCGAGCAAAGGAGUAGAUACUUCAAUAUAUGGUGCUCCACCAAGUAAAUUUAAAAAGAUUGAAGACGAACAAAUGCUAUCUCCUUCUAUUGUUAAGGAUCUUAAAAUCGGAAUUUUAGUUUCAACAUUAAUUGAUGAUGAUAAAACUGAAAUUUUGGAUAAGUUAGUAGAUAAUAUGGAGUCAUAUCUGUCAUUUCAAUUAUCUCUCGCACAUGCAGAAGAUUUAAAUAGAGAUAUUACAGAUAUUGAUUUGGAAAUAAAUAAAUUCACAUUUUCCGUAGGGAAUGAGUCUAAAUUGAGUCCAAUAGUAAAAGACAAAGAUUUUCGUGCUUUAUUAUACUUGAUUGGUUACGUUAUCCCUGCUUUGUACAAUGAUCCCUGCUACAUUCAAUCAACUUUAGAUCAUACUGAAUUUCAAAAAAGCUUGGAUGUGAUAAAAAAGUAUAUGCAUGAGCCAUUCCAAACACCCAAUGGUAAAUCGUCUUCGUCAUAUUUAAUAAGGCCAAGAUUAAACGUUGAUGAUAAGGAAUUAUCUGUCUUCGGAGCUGAUGGUCUAAAUAUUGAAGGUGAUUCUGAAUAUAAUAGUCAUCUUGAUAAAUACGAAUAUGAUGAAGAUAAUGAUUUUAUCGAUGAUAACGAUUAUUUUAAAGGUCUCAGUGAUACAACAACAAAAUCAAAGUUAAGAUCUAAAAGUAAAGGUGUUGCAACAUCAAAGAAUAAAAAAAAGAAAACAAAGAAAAAAUAUCCUGGGAAAGAGUUGCCUCGAUUUGACAAUGAUGAUGACGAUAACAAUGAUUCGCAAAAGGCAACUUCUAAGCAUCAAAUUGUUAGUAAGGCUUAUAUAGAUGACUCUGAUGAUGAAGAUGACAAUAUUUUGAACCCAAUUUUCUUUGAAAAUGAAAUGUAUAUGAGAUGGUUACUGGAUAAAAAUAAUGGUAACUUAUCAAAGGAUAAAUACGAGAUGUUUGCAGCCUUUGUAACAGAAAGAAUCCAAAAUAAUGGUAAAAUAAUAAGCAACUACACUUCUUUGUUCGAUGGGCCUGUCCCUAAUAUAUCUCUUGAUAGUACUGAUUCUAAUGAUGGUAGCUCUAAGCCAGAUGAUACCCUACGUUUUCUGUCAAGAAAGACUGAAGAAAUCUUAAUUGAACAUUCGGAGGGAAAAGAUGAUGAUAAUGAUUCUGAAGCACUAUCUCAAGCCGACAAAAGAGCUGUCUCUAUUAAUAAUAUAUCUGACACAAAUAUUUCCUCUGAUGAAAGUUCUUCAACUAAUGAGAAUGAACAACUAGCUGAUGACUUUUCCAAUCCAACAUUCACUAAUUUAUCUGAUCAUGGAAAAAAUCAAACUAACGAUAUGCAGAAUAGUGAUAACAAAAAAAUUGAUAGUUCUACUGAUACUUUUGAUGAUAAUGAUGAGUAUUAUAAUUCAGUCACUAAAGAGUCGGCCGAUAAAGACAACGAUAGUGAUGACGAAGAAUAUUUAUCCCAAGAAAAAAGCCAAAAUUAA